GUGUAUAAGAGACAGGGCUAUUAUAUUAACGUCUCACAGCAUGGAAGAGUGUGAAGCACUUUGUAAUCGACUAGUUAUCAUGGUGAGAGGUGAAUUAGUCUGCAUUGGUGCAUGUCAAGAAUUGAAGCAGCGAUUUGGAGCGGGUUACGAUAUUCAUGUAAAAUUAAAUCCAGCCCGAACGGAUGAGGAUGUUGACAAUAUUAAAAAAAUUAUUGAGUCUACUCUAACAUGCGAUAUUAGAGACGAAAAUUUGGGUUUUCUUGGCUAUCAUGUAACUGAUUGUAAUACAACAUGGGAAAAAAUGUAUGAUACAAUGAAGAGUUUGAAGCAAAAAUAUAAUUGCAUUGAGGAUUACGCUGUCUUAUCGGCAACUCUAGAACA